AUCUUAAAACAAGUUUAUAAUUUUUUACUGAUGAAACAUUAUAUGUUUAAAUUAUAUGUGGACUUUGAAUAAAUGCUGAUAUGAUUGACUAGCAAACUGUGAAAAUGAUUGUUUCUCAAGCUUCGGAAAUACGGAUGUUUCCUGGGAAGACAGAAGAACAGAUUCUCAAUGAGACCAAAGGCGUGCUGGAGACGAACGGGGAGUGGGACCUCUUCAACAUAACCGUGGUCCCUUCCAGGCUAGUGUUGGAUUCAGGAAACUACUCUGAGAUCAAAUUUCAACUGAUCCUACGCCGCAGACCAACUCUUUAUGUGGUGAACCUCCUGGUCCCCAGCUGCUUCCUUGUCACUGUGGAUCUUUUCAGUUUCCUGCUGCCUCCUCAGGGUGUAGAUAGAUCCUCCUUCAAGAUGACCCUGAUUCUCGGCUACACCGUCUUCCUGCUUAUCAUGAACGACUUGCUGCCGGUCACAGGAGACACGACACCCCUGAUCAAUGUGUUCUUCUCCAUCAGCCUGGCUCUGAUGGUGGCCAGUCUUCUGGAGACCGUGUUCAUAACAAACAUCCAGUUCAGCUCCAGCCAGUACAGUGCUGUGCCUCACUGGCUCAGGGUACUGGUGUUACGUUAUCUCGCUGUUGUCGUAUGUAUGCCUCCAAAGGAGAAGAGUGACAGAGUUACUGUCUACCUCAACCCAACAAACAAAGGUAUUUCCCCAGAUUCAACAAUAAAUAAGAGCUCCAUAAGCAUCACAGAAAAUCAGGGUAUCUCAACGGACCCUCAACCAGUGAAGGCCCCCACCCGCCCUGCUGCCCCUCCAGAACCGGCUCUUGAGGAACUGAGGAAGCUGAGCAGAGAUCUCACAGCCAUUCGUCUUCAGGUGGACAAACACUUCCAGGGGUCCAAAACUGCUGAGGAAUGGCAAAUGAUUGGAAUAGUAAUCGACCGUCUGCUGUUCGGCUUGUACAUCCUCUUCAUUCUUGCGAGCUUUGUCACCAUCACUGGUAUCUGGAUCCUGAAUAAUAUGUAUGCUGCAUAAUUUAGGUUUGAGGGAUAAAAACACAAGAAUUUUACAGUUUUGUUUUUUUAAUUGAUUGGGUUCAUUUCUAUAAAACCAAAUCAAAACAGACGGAGGUUAACUUACAACUCCAAUUCCAAUGAAGUUGGGAUUUUGUGCAAAACGUUAAAAAAAAUCAGAACACAAUGAUUUGCAAAUUCUGUCCAAAUUAUAUGCCAUUGAAUACACUACAAAGACGAGAUUUGUUUUUUAAAGAUAUGUUUUUCAGCACUAGUGGCCUUUAUUUUGUAUUUUUCCUUUGACAGUAGGCAGACAGGAAAGAGGGGUAGAGAGAGGG